GCAAUGGCUGGUGAAGAUGAGAUGCCAAGAGUGAAGUUGGGAAGCCAAGGACUUGAGGUUUCAAGAAUUGGAUUUGGCUGUAUGGGCCUAACUGGAAUCUACAAUUCGCCAGUACCAGAGGAGGAUGGAAUUGCAAUACUCAAGCAGGCGUAUUACCAAGGAGUUACAUUUUGGGAUACCUCAGAUGUAUAUGGAGCAGAACAUGCUAACGAAUACUUGGUUGGAAAGGCAUUGAAGCAACUGCCUCGCGAAAAAGUCCAGUUAGCUACAAAGUUCGGUGUGUUUAAAAUUGAGCCCACAAAAGUAACAGUAAAAGGCACUCCUGAAUAUGUUCGCUCCUGCUGUGAGAAUAGCUUGAAGCGCCUUCAAGUGGACUACAUAGAUCUCUAUUACAUACAUCGAAUAGACACUACAGUACCGAUUGAAGAAACAAUGGGAGAGCUUAAAAAAUUAGUUGAAGAAGGUAAAAUUAAGUACAUUGGGUUAUCUGAAGCUAGCCCAGAUACUAUAAGGAGGGCACAUGCUGUUCAUCCUAUCACUGCUUUGCAACAGGAAUAUUCCCUGUGGACCCGUGACAUCGAGCCAGAGUUGCUACCUCUCUGCAGGGAACUUGGAAUUGGGUUGGUUCCAUAUAGCCCUGUCGGUCGUGGUCUUUUUGCUGGCAAGGCUGUUGUUGAAAGCUUGCCUCAGAAUAGCUUCUUGGAAACUCAUCCAAGGUAUACAGGAGAGAACUUCGAAAAGAACAAGACCAUAUAUUUCCGCUUAGAUGCGUUGGCUAAAAAGCAUGGAUGCACUCCUGCCCAACUUGCAAUUGCUUGGGUUCUUCGUCAGGGUGAAGGCAUUGUACCCAUUCCUGGUACAACUAAAGUAAAAAAUCUUCAAGAAAAUAAUGGUUCUGUGAAAGUCAAGCUCACAGAGGAGGAUUUGAAGGAGCUAUCAGAUGCAGUGCCAAUCAACAAUGUUGCAGGACAGAGGACAUCAGAUGCACUAUUCCGUACUUCGUUUUACUUUGCUAGUACACCACCACCACCGAAGAAGUGCAGACUAGAGUAAUUUGUUUAAUGCAAUAGGAUGUCUUGUUUUAUUUGG